CCCCAGGGGAGCGACCGGCGGCGGAGCCGCAGCUUCACCCGGAGGAGGCGGUGGCGGGACGCGAGCCCUGAGGCGGCCGAGCCGCUUCCUCCUCCUCCCUCCUCCUCCUCCUCUUCCUCCCCCCCAAGAUGGCGGCGGACCCCGCGGAUCAGUUCUGCGUGGCCGAGGAGCGCAGCGGCCACUGCGCCGUGGUGGACGGCAACUUUCUCUACGUGUGGGGAGGAUACGUGUCCAUUGAAGAAAAUGAAGUUUAUCUGCCCAGUGAUGAGCUCUGGAUCUAUGACAUGGACAGCGGGCUCUGGACAAUGCACCUGAUGGAAGGGGAGUUACCCACCUCCAUGUCAGGCAGCUGUGGGGCCAGUAUCAAUGGCAAGCUGUACAUUUUUGGGGGAUUUGAUGACAGAGGAUACAGCAAUAGGCUCUAUUAUGUCAAUUUGAGAACAAAAACCGGAACCUACAGGUGGAAAAAAAUCACAAAUUUUAAAGGUCAACCUCCCACACCUCGGGACAAACUCUCCUGCUGGGUGUACAAAAACAGGCUGAUUUAUUUUGGAGGUUAUGGCUGCAGGAGGCACAACGAGCUCAGUGACUGCUUCGAUGUCCACGAUGCCUUUUGGGAAGGACAGAUAUUCUGGGGAUGGCACAAUGAUGUUCAUGUUUUUGAUACAACCACACAGACUUGGUCUCAGCCAACAAUUCGAGGUGGAGAUCCACCUCAGCCUCGAGCAGCUCACACAUGUGCUGUGCUGGGAAACAAAGGUUACAUCUUUGGAGGACGAGUGCUGUUCACCAUAAUACAAAUCUUCCCAGGGAAAAGGCUCUGCAAGGAACCAGAAAGGGCCAGGAAGUGUCAUGAGGCUUCUCCUAUUCAUCUUUCUGGGAGGAAAGGGCACCUUUUUCCAAACUUGGAGCUAGAACUGGUAAAAGAAGAUGAUGAUGAUGAUGGUGAUGAUGAUGAUGAGAAUCAGUUGUACCAGGAAUCAUUUGAAAACAGGCUCAGAAGUGUUAUGUGGACUCAGUUCCUUCAGCAAACCAGAAUGAAUGAUUUGCACUGCCUGAAUUUAGACACUUGGACUUGGUCUGGAAGGAUUAACAUCAGUGGAGAGAAGCCCAGGGACCGCUCCUGGCACACGCUGACCCCCAUAGGGGAGGACAGGCUUUUCCUUUUUGGGGGGCUAAGCUCUGACAAUGUUCCUCUGAGUGAUGGUUGGAUCCACAGCAUUGCAACAAAUGGAUGGAAGCAGCUCACCCAUCUGCCCAAGAGCAGGCCCAGGUUGUGGCACACAGCCUGCCUGGGGCAGGAGGGAGAAGUGAUGGUGUUUGGGGGCAGCAAGGAUGAUCUGCUCUUCAUGGACACGGGUCACUGCAGUGACUUGUUGAUAUUUCAGACUCAGCCUUAUUCCCUGCUCAGGCUUUGUCUGGACUGCAUUGGGAAGAACGCAGCUCUCUUGGAGAAGCAAAUUCCCUGUUUGCCACCCAAACUUGUGCAGGAAGUGCUGAAAAAAAUCACAUUUUGGGCAGCCAUGACCCACAGGCAGGAGAGGAAAGCUGAGACUGAGAGACAAAGCCAGCUGCAGAGCACAUGAGGCAGGGCAGGCAGCUGUGGGACACCUCCAGGGCUUGUCCAGAGCUCUGCUGGAUUCCUGAGGGAACUUUGACAACAAAUCCUUUUCUUGGGAACCUCUCGUUUCCGGUGUUAUGGAAAACUGAUCCAACUUCAUUUCUAAAUAAUUGUUCACCUCUGCCCUCGUGGUUUUGGCCACACAGCCCUCACAAGCUUUUGUUCUUUUGGAAGGGGACAUUUUGUUCUUUUGGAAGGAUCCAUUUCAGCUGGAUAAAAUAUGGUUGGAAUUUAAAAACCCUCCUUGGCCUUACCCCCAAAAAGAUAAAUUCACCUCGGUGUCUUGGGGAUGUUCACACUUUUUCAAUCUUAAAGGUAACAAAUUUACCACCCCCAGGUGUUGGUUCCACCAGGCUCUGACCAAAAUCCAACCCUGGAGCCUCACACCUCACACUCCAAAUAGGAAAAUCCAUCUGGGAAUUGUGGAACUUGGAAGAAAAAGCUGCAACACCACCUGGUCUCUAUCAGAAAACUUCAGUUCAUCACCUGGUUUUACUGUUUCUGUCAUCAGGAAAUCCUUUUGGAAAUAAGUUGUAUAUUGUAUUUUGGAUGUGCAAAGUUUAUAUUUCAUUCUUGUUAAAAAAACAACAACAACAAAGUUGUUUAUUUAUUGUUUAAAAAAAAAAGCAAAUGUAGUACUGGUUAUUUUUCUGUUUCAAAUAUUUACUUAACAGGAGCACAGUCAUUAAAAUUUUAUAGAGAGUUGAAGCAA